CAGUAAGAAAGUAGAUAGAGGGAAUCAUGGCUUAAGUACUACAAAAUACCCAAAAAAUCACAAGCAAGUUCAGAGCACGGUGUUACCUGGCCGUUAUCGCAGUGUUGAUAUACCCUGCCCUGGUCGAAAGAUGAUAAUGCGGGUAUGAAACAGGUACGAGUGGUGCGACUAGUGGGACUGUUCUUCGGUUUGCAUGCCUGCUUGCAAUCAUGCAAUGACAGAUUGUGGUAAUAUGAACGUACGAUGCCGAACACCACCCGCCAACCGAAGAGACUAAAGGUAUAAAUCGGUCGAAGGAAGAGGGACUUAUUUCAGUUGCUCUACCUCCCUGGUUCAGUGGCACAGCUCGUCCAGAGUACUCCGUAACUCGUAUUUCAGUCAACCAUGCGUUUCACUUUGCUUACCCUCUUCGUCGCUCCGUUCAUCACUGCCGUCGUCGGCGCCGCUAUCAGUUCCAACAAUGCUGGGCUUGAUGGUCUGGAAAGGAGGGGCUGUGGCGCGCCAGGCCUAUCCUGUACCAUUUUCGAAUCGACUCUGGUCUGCUGUCCUGGGUUGACUUGUACAGCAUACCCACCUAACCAAGACAGAGUUGGAUUCUGCGAGGUUAGUUUCUAGUUAAUGCGGCCCUCAUAUUCUGCAGUACUGACCUGGGCCUCGUGAUGGUGUAGUAAUCGCUUUGCAACUUGGCAAACUACUGUUCCGUGUGCCAGUUAGUCAGGUGCAGUGGUUGACG